AUGGAGUUCGCCGAGGCAGACGUGGACCAGAUCGCGCCACUGAAGGCGAAAUUCGCCGCAUUCUGUGAAGGGAAACGGAACAUCACAGUUAUCCGGUACCAAUUCAAUUCUCGGACGCAGAAAGACGGCGAAUCAUUUGACUCAUUUCUCACGGAGUUGAAACAACUUAUCAAGGACUGUGAAUUUGGCGACGCUCUACGAGACUCUCUACUCAGAGACCGGGUCGUUUGCGGCAUCCGUGACGAGACCACGCGCGAGAAACUUCUGCAGAUCGAGGACCUUACCCUGGAGAAGUGUGUCAAUACGUGUCGCAUUAGCGAAUCAAGCGCUAAUCAACUUAAGACGCUGACUGAUACGAAAGAAAAAGACGUCGACGCCGUCGGAAGAUCAUUCCAAAAUAGUACGGCAUACGGUCGCGGCUCCCAUGAUCGCAGCCGAAACAAACAUCGCGGAACAUUUGACAAACGAUCACAAUCCGAAAAAUGUGGAAACUGUGGCGGACAAGCUCAUGCUGACUACACACAAUGUCCGGCAUACGGCAAGGAAUGCGGAUAUUGCCGCCGCAUGAACCACUUCAAAGCAUCUUGCCGCACACUGGCAAGAUCAGAGAAACAACGCGUACGUCCUCAAGCUCCAUCGUCAUCGAGCAUUCAUGACGUAACCCUGGAAUCACGUAAUAACGGUAGGCCUACCACAGAAUUCUAUCAUCGCAAUUAUGAGCCAGACUUUCAUGGUCCCCACGUGGACACGCUAUUCAUCGGCGAGGUAUCAGUUACACCAGCCAACUACGUCGGAUGGCAUGAAACAUUUACCAUUCAAGGACAAUCCAUAUCGUUCAAACUCGAUACCGGCAGCGAGGCCGACAUUAUACCGUUACAGUUUUUCAAGAAACUGAACGCAACACACACACCCCCAAAGUGCCGAUUAGUAUCAUAUUCGGGGCAUAGGAUUACGCCUGUCGGCGAAACUGUCUUGAAUCUUAACGGAUUGGACGUCACCUUUCAAAUCCUUGACAAUGCCCAACCAAUUCUAGGCCGUGAUACGUGCGAUAAACUGAACUUAGUGAAGCGCAUACAUUCGAUAUCGCAAAUCAAGGAUUUCGAGGAUGUCUUUCAAGGAUUGGGAUGUAUUCAGAGCAACUACCAUCUUUUCACAGAUCCGACCGUUGAGCCGUCCGUCGAUCCACCCCGUAAAAUCCCGUACGCGAUUGAGGACGUCGUCAAAACCGAAUUGGAUCGAAUGGAGGACCUGAAAGUAGUGAUCAAAGAAAACGAACCAACCCCAUGGGUCAAUAGUAUGACUGUCGUUCGAAAACAAAACAAUAAGGUGAGAAUUUGCAUUGAUCCAUCCAAACUGAACAAAGCGAUUCGCAGAGCUCACCAUCCGACGAAAACAGUUGAGGAAAUCGCAGCACGCAUGCCCGGCUCAAAGAUAUUUAGUACACUCGACGCUAAAUCAGGUUUUUGGCAAAUUGGCCUUGAUGAGCAAAGUUCAAAGCUCUGUACCUUCAACACGCCGUGGGGACGCUACCGUUUCCUUCGGUUACCAUUUGGUAUAUCCACGAGUGGUGACAUUUUCAAUAAAGUCAUGUCGGAUUUAUUUGGUGACCUCGAAGGGGUUGAGAUUGUCGUCGAUGACAUCGUCGUACACGGCCGCACACAAGCCGAGCACGAUAAUCGCCUACGCACCGUACUGGAGCGAGCACGCGCAGUAGGGUUAAAACUCAACCCCGCUAAAACGAAAAUAGGCCUCAGCGAAGUUGACUACGUCGGACAUAUAUUUUCAGGUGAUGGCCUAAAGGUCAGCCAGGAUCGCGUAAGUGACAUCACCAACAUGCCGACACCGUCAUGUAAAGAGGACAUUAGGAGAUUCAUCGCCAUGGUGGGAUAUCUUGCGAAAUUCAUCCCCAACCUCUCACAAGAAACGAAACCACUACGUCAAGUCCUCGAAGAAAAAGUCGAAUUUCAUUGGGAGGAUCUCCAAGACCGAGCAUAUAAGAGACUGAAACGUUUGAUCACAAACACGCCCGUGCUGAGUUUCUAUGACGUCAAUAAACCCAUCACGCUUCAGGUUGAUGCCAGUAAAUCUGGAUUAGGCGCAGCCUUAAUUCAAGACAGUCAUCCAGUGGCGUUCGGAUCUAAGGCCCUGGAUGAAACGCAAUCUAUGUACGCCGUCAUUGAGAAAGAAUUGCUCGCGAUUUGUUUCGGAUGUAAGAAAUUCCAUGAUUACGUCUACGGAAAAGGCCCGAUAACAAUAGAGACAGAUCAUAAGCCACUACUGGCAAUCAUGACAAAGCCCAUACAUAAACUCUCAGCCCGUAUGCAACGCAUGAGGUUACGCCUACAGCACUAUGAUCUGAAACUGGUAUACCGCCCGGGACGCGAAAUGUUUCUAGCUGACACUCUAUCACGCGCAUUCGUAUCCGACACCAACCCGCAAGACCUAUUCGAUGACAAAAUCGAGGUCAACUUGCUGAACAUUGCCAGUCACAUCAGCGAUGCCAAAUUAGAGGAGUUUAAAUCUGCCACGGACGCAGACCCAACUCUACAGUCUCUAAAAAACACUGUGAUGCAAGGCUGGCCAGAUGACAAACAGGAUGUACCACUUGAACUAACUCCAUACUUCCCGUAUCGCGACGAAAUCACAUUAGCGGACAACCUGUUGUUCAAAGGCGAUCGUCUCGUAGUACCAGAGACAUUGCGCGCAAACUUGCUCAAACGAAUUUAUGAAACUCAUAUGGGCAUCGUUAAAUCAAAACAAUUGGCCCGAGACAUUCUGUUCUGGCCCGGAAUGGGUCAACAAAUUGAGGAUACCGUAUCACGCUGUACCGCCUGCCAGACAGCGAGGAAAUCCCAACCGGCUGAACCUAUGAUACCACAUGACAUUCCAGACCUCCCGUGGAGUAAAGUCGCAACUGAUAUGUUUGAAUAUCGGAGCAAGGAAUAUUUGCUGACUGUGGAUUACUUCUCUAAGUUUCCGGAAGUGUGCAUUCUUCCCACGCUGACAAGCCAGUCUGUUAUUACGGCUCUCAAAGCAUCGUUCAGCAGAUUUGGCAUCCCUAAUGACGUCAUCAGCGAUAAUGGGCCUCAAUUUUCAAGCCGCGAGUUCUCCGAUUUCUCCAAGGCCUGGGGAUUCCGCCAUACCACCAGCAGCCCUGGUUACCCCCAGUCUAAUGGACAGGUUGAACGCGCUAUUCAGUCAAUAAAGGACAUCUUCAAGAAAUGCGAACAAUCAUGCGAUGAUCCCAGCAUAGCGUUACUUAAUUUCCGCAACACACCACUCGACGGGGUUGGACAAUCUCCGGCGCAACUGUUAAUGUCACGCCGAUUGAAUUCGAAAUUGCCAAUUCUCCCCAAUCUCUUGAAACCAAAAGUGGUAGAUAACGCUCAUGAGAAGCUCACAGACCGUCAAAACCGCCAGAAACAGUAUUAUGACAAGCGUGUUAGUAAUAGCACAAAUGCUGACAUCCAUCCUGGAGAUGCAGUUCGUUUCAGGACCUUGAGAGGACAGUGGAAAUAUGGGACGGUGCAAGACAAACUGCCUGAUGUGCCGAGGAGCUAUAACAUUCAAACCCCCGAGGGUAAAUCGUUCAGACGUAACCGCCGUCACAUGUUUCAAACCCGCGAAAAUAACAUUCCCAACGAAGGGACUCGCCCACGUGUAAUGUAUACGUCUGGGGACCCGCCUCAUGCGCCUGCGAAUGAUCACACUGAUGUCAACGUGGCCCCACAGGCUGCAGUUGCUGAGCCCAUUCCAACCAUAAACAACACCCCGGGAUAUGUUACAAGGAGUGGGCGAACAAGCAAGCCACCUGAUAAACUAGAUCUCUAG